GAGUCUCACAACAGCAGCCUCACAACACACAUCCUAAGUGUUUAUGCCUUCUGUUUUGUGUUGCAUGGGUGCAAAGAAAACAAGUUUGGUUACCAACAAAUUCCACACAUUUCCAUAAAUCUUACAGUUGGCCAAGGAAAUGUAAUCUUGGUUUUGGGUCAUCUGGAGCUGAUUCCACGGUUACCCACCUUGCAUGGCUAGAACCGGAGGUUUUUUGUUGUUUUUUUUUUUUUGCGAUGAAAGUACACAGUGUGCAUAAAUAUAUUUUUUAAUGCCAUUUAAUGAAAGAAGUUCAACUUUAAAUUUUGCACCAAUCAAACACUAGAGUUUCGUUGAAUAAGAUGGUUACUAAGUUUUUAUUGAUCGUAUUUGUGAUGUGUUUGCAACAAAGACCAGUCUCGUGUUACAGAGGUGAGUAGGACAGACGUCUGUUACUGUUACUCGAGUGUUGCCUAUUCAACUAUUGUAGGCUAUGUUCCCUCAAACUACAAGGUUUAUUGGUUCGUGUGCAAAAUCAUACAGUUGUGUGCAAAGUUUUACAUUUACAGCAUCAAUUUUUUGUGUGCAAAAUUUUACAGCCCACAAACACAAACCACACACUUACAUGGAAAUUUGCUGCGCGGAUACUCAAAACUGCUGCGCGGCGUCUGUGAGAUAGCUGCGCGUAGCUUAAAGGGAAUAUUGAUUGCAGGCAUGGGCGCCCGCACGUAGUGGCAAGGUGGGGCACUUGCCCCCCCCCCCCUGGAUUGAUUGGAUACAAAAUUUUUAGACAAAAAUUUUAUUAAAGUAAAGAGAAAAUAAAGAGAAAGUAACUAAGCUGAUGUCCUGUCCGUUCGUUCAUCAUACAAAUACGCAACAGUAAAUUAAAACUAUAUUAAAACAUUAUUAAAAAUAUUUUUUGCCCCCCCCCCUGGAAAGUUAAUCAACUUUUUGCCCCCCCCCCCCUGGAAAGUUUUCUGCGGGCGCCCAUGAUUGCAGGAUGUGUAAAUGGUGCACAAAUUUUUUUAUUAAAAAAAAUCAUGAUGCUUCAGCCUUUACUUGUAAACUCCACAAUUUACUUUUGGGCAGGGCACUUUUCAUUUUAAAGAGGACCUGGUGUGGUGUUGGUACCUGAUUGUUGAGACCUUAAAGUUUAAGUUAAAGUAAAAGAAGCCAGUGCUGAUAUCAGGGCCCUGGAAUGAGGUGUACUAUUAUCCUAUUUUGAUUUUGAGGAUUAUGCCAGUCAUGGGUAUCCUAGUGACAUGUCAUUGUCUUAGCGGGCCUCUUGUAUGAGGACCAUGAAAUGGAGACCCUAGAUGUAAAUGUAUAUUAUAUUAAUAUUAAAAUGUUUAUUAUAAAUAAUUUUUUUAAUAUGUUUAUGUAAUAAAAAACUUUUUAGCACUACUUGUCAAUUUUGCCCACAAUAUCACAAACAACAUGGCAUAUUGACAUGAAGACUGAAAUUUCAUGGUUAUUCCUCCUCAUCAGUCAGUUUGUUUUAUCCCUCCUCCUUUAACCCUCUAAUAUACUAAAAAAUUGUUUCCAUUUAUUUCUAAUGAGAUAGAAGCAACCAGUGUCUUGUCCUGUUACGAUGGUCAACCUGGCAUAGCUUGUACCAACAUAGGAAAUGAGAGCUGCAUACCGAUACAAGCCUGUCCUCCAGAGGAGCCUUUUUGCGCGGUUGGUCUACAUCCAAGAACAGUAUUUUGUUAGAAACCUUGCAGAACACAAUACUGGAUCAUCACUAGAAUGUGACUUCAUAUAUAGAGUGUGACAUCAUAACCAAAGCGUGACAUCAUGACUAGAACUAGACUAGAGUGUGACAUCAUAAUUACAUUGUGACUUUGUAUCUGUAAUGUAAGGUCAUAACCUUAGUGUGACAAUUCAAACUAAAAGUUUAUUGUGACACUUGAUAAUAAUUAGAAAAUAUAUGUUUUUCUUUAUUUGAUGUGGUGCUAAUGUUGACUGCAGAUCAACAACCUGUAAUGAAUGACUGGAGUGACAUAAAUCUUUAGAAAUUCAUAAAUUAGAUUGACAAUGGGUACAUUCAAAAUGUUUGAGGGGCCAUCCAUAAACAAAGACAAGUGUUUUUGUGAUGAUGUGUGUUGGGGAGGGGGUUAGAAUGUGCUAAAAUAGCAAGAUGUCAUUUGGGGAUUUCCCCCUUUUUUUCAUUAAAAAUAAAUAGUAAAUACCAGAAUGGCAACACAAUGUUAUUCUAUCACUAAAUAUCAACAAAAAUUUAAUGUUUUUUAAUCAAUUGUUAAACAAUAAAUGUUAUUUAUUUUCAUUUCAUUAAAAAAAUAAUAAUUAAAAUCAGCUUCAUUUCUAAUGGUCCACCAAAGUGUAUUUGUCAAACAAUCUAAUUUAACUUGUAAUUUCAUAUCUUUAAUUAACUAUUCACAGCAGUUCUUUUCUAACUUUUUUUUCAAAAUGACAAUAAGUGAAUUAUUUUUUUAGUAAACAGUUUUUUUGUUUUGAUUUUACAGGUCCGAUACCUGACUACAGAUGAUGUGGUGAAAGGUUUAGACAGAAUGUGUGACAGCUAUUGUCUUCCGGAAUGCAGAGAGUCGGCCUGGUUUAUUCAGUGUCUUUCUUGUUGCAACCAAGAAUUCCUGUGUAAUAAAGACAACGCCGGCAGUGGAUUGGAUCACUCCUCGUCUGGAAAAUUUGAAAGCCAUGCUCACAAUCCAAUUUUUGUUUCAACUUAUUUUUUAUUUCUUUAUGUGAUUUCUUAAACAACAGAAGUUAAUUACUCUUAAAUUUAAUUGAAUGAGAAGAGUUUUCCACCAAGUUAUGCUGGCUGGUUUUGUCCAUGAAUAUUUUACUGGAACUGAAUAUGGAAAUUACGUUUUCCCUAUAUUUUACAGUUACUAUUUAGUAUUUUUGAGAUGUUUUCUGGCCAUAUUUGCCAAAGUAUCAUAGCUUAUGCAAUAUUAUGAAAUGUUGGGCUGUUCAAAUGAAGUAAGAUAAAUGUUGAUAACAAAUAGGGAUGGAAUAGAAUCAUUUAAGGGAUUAGGUAGUUUUCAAUUAAAGUCUUGGGUCCAUGGAUUCAGUCCAUCCAACCUGAUUUACCUCAUUCUGUUGACAAUGUGAGCACUAGAACUUCUAAAUAAUCAUCGGUGGACAGGAUCUAUCCAUGUGCUGCAGUGGAAAAGUGCAGUUGUAAGCUGGUUUAAAAAUUUCCAUUGUCUGGCUACACACAUUUGCUGUUAAUUUGACUAAACCUUGGUUUUCUCCCAGGGAUCAGCUAUUCUGUUUCUGCACCAUAGUAUGUCUAUUCUUAUAAUCUAUAAUUCUUUAUUUAAAGAGCCCUUUCAGGAUCCCCACCUCCUUUGUUUUUGUAGUGGAGGCAAAAACUAUUAGCUCUUCUUUGCAUUUAUUUGUAUAAUUUAGGUUUAUAUAAGGUGUAUAGUAUGUGUAUAGUGGGUGUAUAGUAGGUGUAUAGUAGGUGUAUAGUAGGUGUGUAGUAUAUUGUAUAGUUAAAUUUGCUCACAACCUGUAAACUAAUAUGUUGAUUUGCCUUUGUUAAAUUAACACUAUCAUUAAUCCUUAUUCUGUUUCACUUAAAAGCCAUGAGUGAAGCUGUCACACUGAUAGGUUGUCUCAGAGGCAACUACUAUUUCACCUUCUCUCAUGUACACAGUCCAUCAUGUACACAGUCCACACCACUGAGAGUCCCAUAAUGUAAAUCAAAAUAAUUAUUUUUUCCUUAUUUUUUAAAUAAAUAUAUUAAAGUUUUUAUUUGUGGCUGUAUUUUAAUACAAUUGUAUUGAUAAAUUGUUGUUCAAUAUUUCCUAUAACUUAUUAAAGACUGAAAUAAAAAUACAAGCUUAAAUUUUUAAGCAAUUAGACAAGGCUAAAAAAAAAAGGUUUAUUUUUAUUUGUUAUUGUAUGUAUAUUUUAUGAUAAGAAGUCAUAAAUUAAAAAAUGAGGAAACACAAGUUGUAUUAUGCAUGUACAUUACGGUAUACAUAAAAAACGAAAGCAAUUUGUGGAUAAUAUCAGGAUUAUUAGGUCUGGUAGACACAGUUUGACUAAAUUCAUAAUUUACCAUGUAUUAAAUAGCAGCAAUUUGAGAUUUUUGUAUGAUAUGUUUACAUAGAGUUAUCAAGUUUAAAAAAAACAAAAAACUGUGGCACAUUGCACAGCAAUAUACCUUAGUUCACAUGACAAGAUAUCAAUAGAAAGCUAAGAGUCUGCACAGAAGUUAUACGGCCUUUGUGAUAAUGAUGUGACAAUACAUAUUGUGUGUGGUGAUAAUGAUGUGACAAUACAUAUUGUGUGUGGUGAUAAUGAUGUGACCAUAUGUAUUGUGUGUGCUGAUAAUGAUGUGACAAUACAUAU